GAUAGUUUGAACUCAGGUAUCUUUCGCACCUAUUGAAAGAUAGAUUUGUGAUCAAGACCAAAGCCAAGCUUCGCGGCUUCUUCUCAGCCUCACCGGCCGCACUACACCCCCUUGGCUCACUGCGCCCGUCAUCGGAACGCAUUCGGCUGACUACUCCCACAACCCACCAGCUUCACCCAAGCCCAUGUUCUCGGCGCUGAGUAAACGACCACUCCCACGCACAAUUACCUCUCUUCUGCUCCCCAGGAACUUCCACACCAAUCAUCGCCACGCCACAUCCGAUCUCCUACAACGCGUCAAUAAAGUCACCAUCAUGGCCUCCACGCCCAAAGUCACAGCCCUAACCGACCUGCCCUCCAGCCAAGCCAAAUGGAUCAAGCUGCAAAAAGCUACCUACACCGACGCCCACGGCAAAGAACGCGUAUGGGAAAUCGCAAGCCGCAAGACGACAGGCAAAGCCGGCGUCGACGCUGUCGCAAUGGGAAACAUCAUCUACCACCCGUCCAAGCCGCCAUCGACUAUUGUCGUCAUCCAGUUCCGGCCACCGGUUAACGGCUUCACAGUCGAGUGGCCAGCCGGCCUAAUCGACGCGCAUGAAACGCCCGAGGAAGCCGCGGUGCGCGAACUGCGCGAAGAGACGGGGUACGAGGGCAAAGUGAUUUCGACCUCACCGGCCGUGGCUGCGGAUCCGGGCAUGACGAGCGCGAACCUGUGUCUCGUUAUGGUGGAGAUCCAUUUAAACGAGGGAGACCCCGAGCCGGAGCAGCAUCUUGAUGAAGGGGAGGAUAUUCAGCGGGUGAAUAUCCCGUUGGCGGAGUUGUAUGAGCGGUUGGAGGAGUUUGCAAAGGAGGGGUAUGUGGUUGCUGCGAAGCUGUAUCAUUGGGCUGCGGGCGUGCAGUAUGCGGUUGACCAUCCCGAGUUGUUUCGCAAGAGUGGGAAGGAGAAGGCCGCGUAGAGGGUUCGCGUACAGGGCGGUGUGCUGAGAGCAUGUGUUUCUCCUGCGCAGAAUUGAUAGAAAUACUCUUCCAAUCGAAGAUUGCGUACGGUUGAUAUAUGAGAUGAGUUGUCGUAACGUGCGUGUAUCUGAAGUGCAAAUCCAGGAUAAAUAAGAAUUAAGACUUACCAUACAUCUCUGUAAUAAUAUUAAGAACAUGAACA